AUGCCACAAGCCCCCAGUGCUGUCAGAGAAGAUUCCUCAAAGUGCUCACAUUCGAAUCCCAAUUACAUAGAAAGAUUUCGGAAGACACAAAAACCCUCUAUCAGCCAGUUUGCAUUCGCCUAUGUACGCACUUACUUCAGCUCACCGACUCGGCGACACGACGGCAAUUCCCCGGCCAGGGGCCGGGCUCAGGGGCCUGGAGGGGAGGGGACCCCCCACUCUUACCACAACCGGGGCGCUCACUCGGGGGGCAGCCGGGCCCCUCAGGCAGGCGGGCCCGGGACCGUCUGGGGGCGCAGGCGCCCGGCCCGCCCGCGGCUGACCCCAGGGCCCGGGGCCGUGCGACCCCCGCCCUUCCCUGCAAACCCCGCGCCGCCAGCUAAGGCGGCCUGCGGCACCGGCCGGCUGCAGCCCGGCCAGCCCGGCAGCCCCGGGACGAGAAACCGGCAGGGAACUGCCCGCUCUGUGUCAUCCCCGCCGCUGCUCCCUCCGCCCUCGGACCUCCGGCACCGAAUCCCGCCGCCGGGACACCCGACCCCCCCCCGACCGACCGCCGGCGACCCCGGUCCUGCGGCCCCACUCACCCGCCGCCUGCCCGUGCCCGCGAACCCCUGCGCCCCGCGGCCCCACGGCCGGGAGGUCGGGCGCCGCGCCGGGCCAGGCCAGGCCGGGCCGAGGCGCCAAGCGCGAACUACCGGUCCCACCAGGCGCCGGGGCCGCCGUUCCCAUGGCAGCGGCCGGGCCCGCAGCAGCGCGGGGCCGUACGGGUGUUAG